AUGCAGUCCGAUCAAGACCUCAACGGCGGAGGCGGAGGCGGCAGCAGCGGUGGCACAUCGAGGGCCUCCAAUGCACCAAAUACGAGUCGCACAUCAGCAAGAACACCAGGCCGAGUGCCCAACUCUAAAUCCUUAGCUCCUGUUGGCCGUGGUGCCUCUUCCAUGCUCCGCACUGAGACGGAAAUGGGCAGUGUGGGCGACGUCCUCAUGGACGACUCGUCUGGCUUUGACAACACCCCUCGCCAGACACAGCGGCAUCAUGAGACCAGCAUGGUGCCGACAGCCUCCUCAAUAUGCAACACCUCUAGCAUAAACAGCGGGCAGUCUCACGGACAUCCCUCGCCGUCUUCCGUACUACGAUACCCAACCGCGUCACACCGUCUGCAGUAUGGCACGAACGCUAUGCCCCCAACGAUGCCGAUACUCUCUGGGCCACCGCCACUAGGCACACUGAGAAACCGAUACCAAGGCCAGCAACGUUCGCAGUCGAUAGCACAUGCCAUACAGCCUUACAGUGGCUUCUCGAGCAACCCGCCUCUUACAAGUCCGCCCCGCGCUUAUAUCCCGCAAUCCCAGAACUCAUACGCACACGUGGGUUCAUACAAACCAGGCCCCAAGCCAAUGAACCUCAACAGUCGGCUGCUGUCACCUGCCUUGAACAACAGUAUACCUCUGGGUGUACAAGCUUCGCACAGCUCCGAGGGACAGGGGCCGUCAAAUAGUGGCUACUACCAACCCAGCAUCAGCUCUGCGCGCUCUUAUAGUGAUAGAGAUCGCCAGACCACCCAACAGGGGCAACAGCAUGGUGGUCUUGUUAAUCCGCACAACUUGGGAAAAACAAAGAACAGGCGGCCAUCUCAGUCAUCCUCGUUAAGUUCCGAGGAGAGUCAAAGUCAGAGGGAGUUUCGUUUUCCUCCUCUUCAAGAAUGUUCAGGCAAAGAGCAGUCGGAAGGUAUGCGCAGUGAUGCUUCCCAGCUCCAUCGUAGUCGCGCGACAAACAUACAUGAUGAUCAACACUUCGAAGUUCCACCUUUGCCAGAAAAUCAUAAACAACGUAUUGCGGUUGAAUAUGCUCGUUUCAAGAGGUCUGUUUCUGGUUCUAUUUCUAGCAGUUCGACGAGAUUGCGUGCUGGCUCUGAUGCUCCGUCAUACGACUUGAAUUUCCCUCGCAGCCCUCAACAUAGCACACCCACCAGAACAUCUCACAAAAAGAGCGGCAUGCAGGUGCUAAGGCCCGCUGAUAUGAGCCACGAAAAGGGCAUCGUUUUCGGAAAGAAGGCUCCGGUACGGUAUUACGAGUACAGUGAGGAGUUUCAUGGCGAUGGGCACGUUGAGUCAGAUGUCAAGUCUAUUUCUUCCAAUCAUGUAGAUCAUAUCUAUGCUAACCCUGAGGAACAUGGCUCAACUGUAGAACAGGAAGGCCAAUCAAUACCGACGGGAAUCGCAUCUUCAGAACAAAGAAGCACCUCAGGACCCGCAGACAUCGCGAUAAGUAGAGAAGAUCGAAACGAGACAUAUACGCCGGAGACAGCGAACCUCGAAGCCUCACCAGCUUCGUCUGUAGCCCCGCGGUUUACGAACAACUGGACACAAAAAGAAGCGGGAUUUUCGACAAGAGGCGAUACCAAGAGUCUAACUGAAUGCCUGGACAUGUCAGGGAAUGAUCAGUCUGUUCAGCCGGACAAUCUCCUUACCAAGGAGCAACCUGUACCCAAUGAACAUGUCGUGGAAUUGGUACAUCCAGCAGAGAGCGGGAACAAUAGCGGUACCACUUCAUUGCAGACCAGCUUGGGUCUUCAUAUCCAAGAACCGUCAUUGGGUGAACAAUCAUCCAACUCUUUCAAUAUACCAUCGAAACUAUCAGGGCCCUUCGCGCUCGAACUUCUCAGCGACUAUACGGAACUUAAGUCAGCUUCCAGUAUACCAAUCAACCAAGAGGAAUUCCCACUAAAUCCAGAUUCCCUUUCUUCUCCAGCAAUCCAAGUAGCUGCUGUACCUGGUCCGUCCGAAGCCACAAAUGCAAUCCAAAGAGAAGAGUCACCCAUGGGACGAAGAGUCAGAUUCCUGAUCCCUCAACAGAUUGACUCGCACUCUGCACUUGUUGGAAACCCAGGCCCUACCGGAUAUCAGCACAACCUUGACAUCACAUGUUCUGGAACUCAAUCACCACCACUUGUAUAUCCCCCUCGAGACCACAUUGUCCGCUCCCAGACGACCCAUCACCAAGCAGCUGUUACAAGCGACGCCGAGCCAACUUCGCAUGCAGCAUGGUAUGGUCAUGGCACUCCAGCUUCGGUACCAUCGACAGGCGUCCAAGGCGAUGCGGCAACUAGCCUUCACUUGAAGCAUGAACGCAGAAGUUCAGCCAGCAAAGCCUGUACUGAAUUCGCCCAAUCCUACAGCUUGCCUUUAGCGCACUCCGACUUCGGCGAGCUGAGUGAUGAUCUAGCUUUGCACCACACUCGCUCCACGGGUGACAUCUAUCACGAAGCGAACGCGAAGGGUCAGUCUAGGAAUGGAAGUGGCAGUACACCUGUAUCGACCAGUGACAUGUAA